UUUCGGAGGCCCAAUAGGCGCCGACUACGCAUAAACACGCAGGCGCCCGACCCGUCAGUCGUGUCCCAAUCCAGCAUAAACUAUGGCGAAUUCGUUCGACGAUCUGGACCACUCCGAUAUACACAAGAUUAUCGCCGAGAUGAAAUCAGAGCCGUGUCUGUACGACCCAAAAGCGCAGUACUACAAGAAUGCAAAGAAAAGGAAAGAGGCUUACGCAAGAAUAACUGCGAGAGUGAACGAAGGAGCCACUAAACAAUACACAGUGGAGGACAUUAUGGCGAGCGUGAAGAAUCUGCGGCAAAAAUACAGACAAUACAGGAUCCAACGCAUGAACAAGUUUUUGCUGUAUAAGGAAAUGCCCACAGCCCACAAGUGGUGGGUCAUGCUGCAUCGAUUUGUAAAGGAUGAAGACAAAAUCACUCAAAACGUAUUAACUGAUGCGUGCGAAAGUAAAAAAGAAACCCAACGGAGAUUUGACCACUCAGUUAAACUUUACAUGAAAGCAGAGAAGAGAUACAUGGCCGAUCUGUCUUCUGAUGAGGACACCACUGCAGAAGAAAACAGUGACGACAGCGACGGCGAAGCUCCGGCCGCGAAAAAAACCAAAGUGGAGAAGAACGGCUAAGACCGUAAACCGAAGUGUGCGUUGGUGCGUUGGUAUAAAAUCAGAGACUUUUUCAGCGUAUUAAACAGUACAUUAAAUAAUAAAUCAUUAAUUUGGCUAUAUUUUAUUAAAUAUACUAAAAUGUGAAUAUUUUUUUAUUUCCCUAAAAAUAACAGUUAGUGUUCUAUAUAUAUAAGGCUAUAAGGCUUUAAAAGGGUACCAUACUUUUAGAAAUAUGUAAAAAAGAUAGAACGAGAGACAGGUAGGUGACAAGUGUAGUUCGGAACACGCUCCAAAACCGUCUAUAUUAAGGCGAUUCUAAAUUCCACGAAAGGAGCAUAUUCCGAUCUAGGUAGUAAUUUGUUUAAAUUCGGAAAUUUUAAGAUAUUUUUUUAAACUAAGUUUGUUUCUUUAAUAGGUCACUUUGCUGUGUACGUAAAAAAAAAUCUCAUUGAAGAGCGAAGACGAACUCAAGGUAAGGUGAGACGCUCCCAUGCGAGAAACCGUCUGGUUACAUACAAACUUAUUUUUAAGAAUACUAUAGCUACUGUAGCUACUGAAGUACAAUUAUAAAAAUUAUUGUUGGUUAUUGAUUGGUUCGGUGACGGCUCACUUACGCUAUAAAUCGGUGUGGAGUUUCGCACGAGGGAAGAUAUUUUCUACACCACAAAUCUGGAUUUGAUUCUCCUCCUUGACAGAAAUAGACAAUUCGGUGUUACCUACCUAGGCAGACUCUUGUAUAACAGAGAGCCAGAUAACUUAGCAAACUAGAAUGGUGUCAAGUGUUUAAGUGUUACUCAAUAUAAUAAGUCAUUCCAUUUUUUUAUGACAUUGUGAGAAAAAUAUCACUAAACGAAUUCAAAAACUAUAUGUAUAUUGUUGCAUUUAUUUCUUUACUAGUGUCUUAACAAAGCCCUUUUUCCCACUGUUAUUGUUACUGUGGAGGGGCUCAGCUUUUCGCAAUUAUAUACGCCAUACGCUAUUUACAUAUAUUAUUAAGUUAGUCUUAGGCGUGAAUGAGCCGGUUCGACUGAGGUAUUAUUUAUUCUUUUCCAGCUUCUGGAAUUUUAAUGCUGAACAUAACCUCUCUGCCCCCAGUCCCCCUAGAGAUUUCAAUACCAACCUUUAGAAGCGUUUCGUCGUAUUAUGUGAUCAAAAGCGAUUGUAUCAUUACAACGGAUACAAAUUCCGAUCCCAGUCAACUAAAUAUUAUUUGUAAAUUUUAUCUGUCACAGAAUCGAACUCGCAUCCUCACAAUCAGCAUCUUCCAAACGCUAACGCUAAACCAACGAUGUAACUAUCAACCAUCAACGGACAAAAUUUACUAAACAAAACGGUACCCUGUUAUCAGAAUGUAAACAAGACUCAUAAUACUAUUUUUCGUAGAUACUUUAGCGAACGUUGUGUUACAGUGACCUUGAUUACAGGGACCCAAUCGGCGCCAUUUACGCAUAAACACGCAGGCGCCCGUGCCAUCAGUCGUGUCCCAAUACUUAUACCAUAAACCAACCAUAGUGGACCACGUAAUCGUACCGUGUUCAGUCUGUGUAUAUUCAGUUCAAACAGGCCGGCGUAAUUGUGACGACUGGCGAGAGAUAAUCAUCUCUCGUCGACACUUUAUCUAGACAGCACUCCGCUUACCAUUGGAUGCUGUGGGUCGAUUUGCCGCGCUGUUACAAAAAAAAAAUAACAAUUUAAACUGAGUGAGUCCUCUUCAAUCGGGAGCCCGGGAUUGCGCCCCACGUGCCCGUAGGGUAAAGACGGGACUGGGCGAGUGUUCUCUCGGUAGCGCCGUAGUGUCGCGCCCUUGACUUUGGGAGGCCACGCGGGCGGCACAUACCAGAGCUACGCACGCGUCCGAACCGUCGGUCGUGUCACGUAAAAUAAUCUCUAACUAGCGCAAAGUAAUUAAUCGACGUAUACCACGGCGCCAUGAGUGACAUGCUCAAGAUCAUCAACGAGAUGCGGAAGCAACCGUGCCUCUACGACUCCACCGAUAAAUUUCACAAUGACCAAAAGAAAAUUGAUGAAGCUUACAAAAAGAUAACUGCUGAGGUGAACAAAAGGGCCUCUAAAAAAUACACUGUCAAGACAUUGAGAGAAACCGUAGUAAAUUUGAUUAAGAAAUACCGAGUGGUCAGGAAGCGUCGCAUGAAAGGGUACUACGAGAACAGAGUGCUGCCCGAGCCUCCAAAGUGGUGGAUAAUGGUGCACUAUUUACAAUGGGACGAAAAAAUCACUAAACAUGUUGUAGAUAAUGCGUCCGUACAAGAAACAAAAAAGUUCGUCAAGCGCUACAUAAAUAAGGAAUCGUGCAAUUUGCAGGGAUUAAAGUUUGACGAUGGUCGUGAGAGAACCGAAAAAGACAUAAGGGAUAUGCUAGAAUCUGCUGAAAUAGAAAAGCACGCUGAGAGGGAUUUUAUGAUAGAAUGUUUAUCCGGGGAACCGUGCCUCAUUGAUCCGAAGCAUAAAUUCUACAAGAACAACAAAUACAAAGAAGCAGCGUACAAACGAAUAACCAACGAAAUGAACAAGGAGUUUUUAGAUGGAUACACGAUCGCUAAUGUUAAAUUAUUCAUCAAAGUGUUGAGAGAAGUCUACCGAGAAAUUAGACAUAAGAGAUUUUGUCGGUAUUUGGAAAACAGAACAAUGUCUUUAAAACACAGGCCAUGGUGGGGGGAGCUUCACAGCAUAUUAGCGGAUGAAACUGAGGACUUUUUAAAAGACGACGACGACGGAACGUUUGCAGGUUACAUAGAAAAAGAAAAGAAAGUGUUAAUAGAUGAUGAUGACGAUACUGAAUUUGAAGACAGUUCUGAAUGUGAUUCGUCUGAUGACUGUGGAAGUGAAGAAGAAGAAGAAGAUGAUGAUGAUGAUGAUGAUGAUGAAGAAGAAGAAGAUGGUGAAGAUGAUGAUGAUGAUGAUGAAGAAGAUGAUGAUGAUGAUGAAUAAGAUCCUGUUUGUGACUCUGAUUAACACAAUAAGCAUAUGCAUAUUAAUUAGAAAAUAUGAGGUACAUGAACUGUUGAACUUUUGCUGUUGGAAAUGUUUGUUCUAAUUUGUGUUUCGAUUGCUGUAAUUUAAACAAGGGCCAGACGUCGAAACUGCGGUUUCCGCUCAAUAAUAUAUUAUCAGAGGGACAUAUCACCAACACUAGACUGUAUAUAUUAAAACUUUUUACAGUUGCUUUUGAGACUGUCCGUGAACCGUAAACCUGAUUUGAGUAAUUGAUUUGCCAUUAUUGUUUUUGGCUCGUCAGCUAGAGGCCUCAAAUAUAAUAUAACAGCAAGCAAUUUACUUCAAUGCCUUUGUAAUAAACAGAAUAAUGUGGCUACGACAACAAAGCAAGGCGCUAAAACAUUUUAUAGUAAUUCGUACAAUUUUUGUACUUAUUUUGUUAUAUUAUUAGAAACUGUGCCAUGAUUUUACGUGUUCCUUUCAAAAAUGCUAAUAAACGAGUUCACAAAUA